UACACCAGCGAAUUCACACAGGCAAGCGUCCGUAUUCAUGUUCGGAGUGCGGGAAAAGUUUCACUGAGAAAGGAAACCUUCUUACCCAUAUGAAAAUUCACACAGGGGAGCGGCCCUUUUCUUGUUCUGAGUGUGGAAAAUGUUUCACUUUGAAAGGAGACCUUCUUCGACACAAGAGGAUACAUACGGGUGAACGUCCUUAUUCGUGUUCAGUUUGUGGGAAAGGUUUCACUCAGAAAGGAGCUCUUGUCAUACACCAGAGAAUUCACACUGGUGAGCGUCCUUUUUCAUGUCCAGAGUGUGGAAAAAGUUUUGCUGGGAAAGGAAAGCUUCUUAGACAUCAGAGAAGUCACUCCGUCCAGCAUCCUUUCUCAUGUUCAGAGUGUGGCAAAUGUUUCACUGAGAAAGGGAAACUUAUUAGCCACCACAGAGUUCAUACAGGUGAACGUCCUUUUUCAUGCUCUGAGUGUGGAAAAGGUUUCACUGAGAAAAGAGCACUUCUUACACACCAGAGAAUUCACAUGAGUGAACCGCCAUAUUCAUGUUCAGAGUGUGGGAAAUGCUUCACUCAGAAAAGAAGUCUCCUAAGACACCAAAGAAGUCAUACUGGUGAGCGUCCUUUUUCAUGUUCAGACUGUGGGAAAUGCUUCACUCAGAAAGAGCACCUUAUUACACACCAGAGAAGUCACACGGGCGAACGCCCUUUUUCCUGCAUGGAGUGUGGGAAAUGUUUCACUGAGAAAAGAGCACUUCUUAUACACCAGAGAAGUCACAUGAGUGAACCUCCAUUUUCAUGUUCAGAAUGUGGUAAAUUUUUCACUGAGGAAAGAGGACUUGUUAUACACCAGAGAAUUCACACGGGUGAGCGCCCUUAUUCCUGUUCCGAGUGCAGGAAGUGUUUCACUCAGCGUUCACACCUGCUUAGACACCAGAGAACUCAUAAGGGUGACCGUCCUUACUUAUGCACAGUGUGCGGGAAAAGUUUCACACAAAAAGAAAAUCUUAUUACUCAUCAGAGAAGUCACACAGGUGAGCGUCCUUUUUCAUGUUCGGAGUGCAGGAAAAGUUUUACAAAUAAGGGAAAUCUAAUUAGGCAUCAGAGAACACACACGGACGAUAAUCCUUAUUCCUGUUCAGAGUGCGGGAAACACUUCAGUACAAAAGCAUACAUCAUCAUACACCAACGAAUUCACACGGGUGAGCGCCCUUAUUCAUGUUCAGAGUGCGGGAAAAGUUUUAUAGCGAAAAGAACCCUUCUUAGCCACCAGAAAACUCACACAGGUGAGCGUCCGUAUUCAUGUUCAGAGUGCGGGAGACGUUUUACUGAGAAAAUAAACCUUUUUAACCACCAGAAAAUUCACACAGGUGAGCGGCCAUAUUCAUGUUCAGAGUGCGGGAAAAGUUUUCCUAUCAAAGGGGCCCUUCUCAGACACCAGAGAAUUCAUACGGGUGAACAACCGUUUUCAUGUUCAGAGUGUGGGAAAGGUUUUUCGGAGAAAAAAAACCUUCUUUCACAUCAGAGAAUUCACACUGGUGAGCGUCCUUUUGAAUGUUCAGAGUGUGACAAAAGUUAUGCAGACAAAGGACACCUUGUUAAACACCAGAAAAUUCACACAGGUGAGCGUCCAUAUUCAUGUUCAGAGUGUGGGAAACAUUUCACUCAGAAAGAAAACUUUCUUAGACACCAGAGAAAUCAUAUGGGUGAACCUCCUUAUUUAUGUUCAGAGUGUGACAAAAGUUAUGCAAGCAAAGGAAACCUCCUUAGACACCAGAAAACCCACACGGGCGAGCAUCCACAUUUAUGUUUAAAGUGCGGGAAAUUUUUCCUUGACAAAGGACACUUCCUAAUGCACCAGAGAAGCCACACGGCAGAACGUCCUUAUUCAUGCUCAGAGUGUGGGAAAGGCUUCAUUCAGAAAGGAGACCUUAUUGCACACCAGAGAACUCACACAGGUGAGCGUCCUUAUCCAUGCUUAGAGUGCGGGAAAAGUUUUUCUGACAAAACAAACCUUCUUAAGCACCAGAAUAUUCACACAAGUGAGCAUCCGUAUUCAUGUCCAGAGUGUGGGAAAAGUUUUACUAAGAAAGUAAGCCUUCUUUCACACCGGAGAAUUCACACUGGGGAGCGUCCUUUUUCAUGUUCAGAAUGUGGGAAAAGUUUCCUUGACAAAAGAAAACUUCGUAGACACCAGAAGAUUCACACGGGUGAACGUCCGUAUUCAUGUUUAGUGUGCGGGAAAAGUUUUGUUCAAAAAGGACACUUGUUUACACACAAGAGAAUUCACACGGGUGAGCGUCCUUUUAUGUGUUCAGAGUGUGGGAAAGGUUUCCUCGAGAAAAGAAAACUUCUUUCACACCAGAGAAUUCACACUGGUGAGCGUCCAUUUUCAUGUUCAGAGUGUGACAAAAGCUAUGCUGACAAAGGAAAUCUUCUUAGACACCAGAAAACUCACACAGGUGAGCAUCUGUAUUCAUGUUCAGAGUGCGGGAAAAAUUUCACUAAAAAAGAACAAUUACAUAGACACGAGAGAACCCACAUGGGUGAGCGUCCAUAUUCGUGUUCAGAGUGUGGGAAACGUUUCACUUUGAAAGGACACAUGCUGAAACACCAGAGAAUUCACACAGGUGAGCGUCCAUAUUCAUGUUUAGAAUGCGGGAAAAGUUUCGCUCAGAAAGGACACUUUUUUAGACACCAGAGAAUUCACACGGGUGAACAACGUUAUUCAUGCUCAGAGUGUGGGAAGGGUUUUUUUGAGAAAAGAAACCUUCUUUCGCACCAGAGAGUUCACACGGGUCAGCGUCCUUUUUUUUGUUCAGAGUGUGGGAAAUGUUAUGCUGGCAGAGGAAACCUUCUGAGACACCUGAAAACUCAACACAGACACCAGAAAAUUCACACAGGUGAGCGUCCGUAUUCAUGCAUAGAGUGUGGGAAAAGUUUUGCUAAAAAACAAGCACUUUUUACGCACCAGAUAAUUCACAAGGUUGAACGUCCUUAUCCAUGUUCAGAGUGUGGAAAAAGUUUUGGUAGCAAGGGAGAUCUUCUUAGACAUCAGAGAAUUCACACAGGUGAGCGUCCGUAUUCAUGUCCAGAAUGUGGAAAAACGUUUGCGAGCAAUGGAGACCUUCUUAGACAUCAGAGAAUUCACACAGGUGAGCGUCCGUAUUCAUGUUCAGAAUGUGGAAAAGGUUUUAUAAGGAAAGCAGAACUUCUAGGACACCAGAGAAUUCACACAGGUGAGCGUCCGUAUUCAUGCUUGGAGUGUGGGAAAAGUUAUGCUCAAAAAGGAUCACUUGUUAAACACCAGAUAAUUCACACGGGUGUACAUCCUUAUUCAUGUUCAGAAUGUGGGAAAAGUUUUACUAGGAAAGCAGAUCUUCUUAGGCACAUGAGAAUUCACACAGGUGAGCGUCCGUAUUCAUGCUUGGAGUGUGGGAAAAGUUUUGCUCAAAAAGGAUCCCUUGCUAAACACCAGAGAACUCACACGGGUGCACAUCCUUAUUCAUGUUCAGAAUGUGGGAAAAGUUUUACUAAGAAAGAAAACCUUCUUAAACACAUGAGAAUUCACAUGGGUGAGCGUCCUUUCUCCUGUUGAAAGUGU